AUGUCAAAUGAAAAUAACAAUAGUGUAUGUAACACUGCUAAUUCGUGCAUAUUCGAUGCAACUGCAUGGAAGAAUGUAUAUCGUCAAUCCGGUGUUGCUUUGAUUGGUGUUGCUCUUAUACUGGCACUCAUCAUUAUACUCAUCAAUGCCUUACAUACCGCAUCUACAUGGAAUAACAUCAUAAUGUUUAUAACGAUUGUGUAUGCAAUUCUGUCGGCAGUUUGUUGGUUCGGUGCAAUGUUUAUCAUGAUUACAUUGACCACGUACUAUUUGACAAAAUACAUCAUCUUGAAAGACUACUCUGUAGUUUAUAUGACUUUCAUACUUUCGGUGGAAUAUUUGAUAAUGUUGAUUAUUUCACAUCUUCAUAUGAACUAUUUUUAUUAUUGUUGCUGUCUGAAAAGUUAUCUGA